UCAAUCUCCUCAAUUUUGCUUCGUCAGACGAUGACUCUUAACGGCUAUUUUUAAAUUCGCGUAUUCGUAAAGCGGGUCAUUUAAACAGACUCUAUUUUCAAAUGUCAAACGCACGAAUUUACAUUUUUAUUUUUCCUCGUUAAAUUGAUUUUCAAACAUGUAUAUAUAUAUAUAUAUAUAUACAUAUAAAGAGAGCAUUACCUUCUUCUUUCAUAUUUCUCAUUAAGUUUUACAAAAGAUCAUUAACUACUUAUCUACGUGUAACAUUUUAUAUAAUAAGGUUUUAAAUAGAUCCUCUGACCCACACAGUUUAUUCGGAAUCCGUACGUCGUGUUAAAUCUCUAACAGCAAAGUAAAUUACAUUUUCACAUGGCAAACAUGUGCGAACUAGAAACGUCACUACCGAUAGAGGACUUUGAAGGACUUAUAAAACAAUCUCUUGGUUCUGGUGUAAAAAUUAAAAAUGUAACGUGGAAACAUUUAACUGAUCCAGGAGAAAAUUUUGGCAGUUUGAUAUUGGGUGUUACCAUCAAUACUGUAGAGAAUUCUUCUUCAAACGCAUUGAACGUAGUUGUAAAACUUCCACCAAAAUCUGCAUAUCUUAUGGAUUUAUUUAACAGUCCAUUAACAUUUAAAAAGGAAUUAAACUUUUAUAGUGACAUUGUCCCGGCUUUAAAGGAUAUUUACCGUUCGUGUAAUUUACAAGAAGAAGUAUUUGUACCACACUUCUUUGGCGGAAGAUUAGGCUUAAAAAAUCCUAAUGAAUUUGAUUCUCAGGCUGUCAUCAUUUUAGAAAAUCUAGUAUCAUCCGGUUAUUCGGUACAAAAUCGAAUUAUGGGAAUGGAUAUAGAACAUAUUAAAUAUGGUGUUAAAGAAUUGGCAAAGUUACAUGCAAUGAUCAUUGGUUUAAAAGUAAAGAGACCAGAUUUCUUUGAAAACUCUGUACUACCAAUUUUAGUUUCUCCAAAUAAUGAAACUGCCGUAAAAUGUAUUAUGGAUAUGAUUCAUAAAGCAAUUGAUGAUUUAAAAAAUUUAGAAGAGGCUAAACCAUAUAUGAAAAGUAUUGAAGCCACAUUAAAAUCUACAAACAUGACUGAUAUAACUAACGAAGACGAUUUAUGGAAAACAAUGAUACAUAAAGAUUUUUGGGUGAACAAUAUGUUGUUUCGCCAUGAUGCUUCUGGACAUAUAACUAGUAUGAAAAUAGUUGACUUUCAACUUUGCAUUUAUAGCUAUGGCGUAGAAGAUCUUAUAUUUUUUUUAAUAUCUAGUGCUAAGAAAGAAGUUAUUGAUAAUAACUUAGAUGAUAUGAUUGAUUUAUAUUACGAUUCCUUUAUCGACAUUUUAAAAAUGUUAAAAGUAGAUACGGAACAGUAUAGUAAAAGUAAAUUUCUGGAAUUGUUGAAUAAAUGUGCACCUAUAAAAUUUUCACAAUGCAUUAUGAUGGUGCAAGUAAUACAAGCUUCUCGUACUACUCAUUCUGAGGUGAAAAAUAUGGAAAAUACUGCAGAAUUGUUUAAAAGAGAAACAAGCAAAAUAGGCAAUCAGAAAUUGUUACAUAUAGUGGAGACAUUUGCAAAAAAAAAUUGGUUGUUAUGAUAAAAUUAUAUCUGAUUUGAAUUAAGAAUAUUUUAAAUCAUGAUAUAUUGUGGUUAUAUACAAUUACGAAAAAUACUUACGUAAUAAAAUACUAGGACAUUAAUUUUAUAUACUAAACAAAUUGAAUUUCUAAAAGAAAUUAUACUUACUUCUAAAAUAUCCGCUACUGCAUCUGGUAAAUUGAAUUCUCUAACGACCCUUAGGCGCACUUGCCUAUUAAUUUCGCUUCGCGAA